GAAGACUGUAGUGAAGAUGAAGGCUUUUCUUUGCACCCUGCUGGCUGCAGUCCUGUUUGUGGAGCAAGUGGCCUGCUUCUGGUGCUACACAUGUAAUGACGAGCCCUCCAACUGGAAUUGUGUUAAAGCGACUAAGUGUGCCGACACUGACAAAUACUGCCUCACAAUCUAUGCGUCUGGAGGGAUUGGCGAUAAAAAGGGGCAGCGCAUCACCAAGAAAUGCUCUCCGGUGUGUCCCCAAACAAACCUGAACCUUGGUGUAGCCGCCAUUUCUACCUCCUGCUGUGAGCAUUCCUUCUGCAACCUCAGUGGGGCCAGCAGCGUGAAAACCAGCUACCUGGUGAUGGCCACGGGGAUCUUGGCCAGUCUCAUCUAUGGCCUCAGAACGGGACUGUGAUGAGGCCAGGAAAAGAGGACUUGCCAUCCCAAAGAACCAACUUGGGCUUUCCCAGAAUGAUAUGAAAAGCCUUCUGUGCAAAGUUGCCAUCCAGGUUAACACUGCCCUGUCUCUUCCGUGCCACCUCAGAUCCCCUCAACAAGGAGUUUCUCGCUAAUUUUCUACGCUGUUGUUCUUUCUCUGAGGGACGGGAGCUGUACCCUGGGGAUAAGAGCACUGCCUUCCCUCUCCGGGGGGUUAUGAGCAUAAAAGCAUUAAAGAUAUUACGCUGAUGGAGGCUAGAUACGCACCUAAGUUUUUAUCUAUCUAUCUAUAGUUAAUACCUCCUCCUCCACCUUUGUUUUAGCAGAGCCAGAGUUGCCUCCCACCUGCUUGGUGUCGGUGACCUGGGAUGCUCAGCAGAAUGGUGCUGCCUGGAUAGAUGUGCCGGCUCAGGGGAAAGUCCACAUAUAGCACGAAGUAUUAAUACUCGUUCCACCCUCUGCCACAGACCCUGUGUCAUUCCCCCUAGCACUGUCUCUUCUCUGUCUCUCCUCGCACUCGCACCACUGAGAGCAUGAGAGCCUUCUCCUCCGCAGCUCGCUCACCAGAGCAGGCUCUCUGAGUCUCUGAACAGACCUUUACGCCCAGGUCUGUCCCCUUAUUAUCCCUCUAAUGUUAGCCCUGAUGAAUGGAUGAGAGAAUGAACGCAUACUCAACUGUAUUCAUCUACACUCUGUUCCCAUUUCUUGUUCCUGUAAUUUUUCCCAUUUAAGCAUUUGUGGUCUUGCAUUGCUUCACCCUGUGAAAGCCCAUUUCGAUUCGUUUUGUAGGACAAAUGCCAGACACAAUAAAGUGUUGUUUUUUAUUA